GUGCACAUCAAACGUGUUUAUUGUAUUCUUGUUUUCACCCAUUUAGUGAAAUAUCAAAAAUGUAUUCCAGAAAACAUUUAUAAAAGCACUUCAGAGAAGUAACAAUACUUAUUUUGGAAUAUACUGGUUCAACAAAGUCGAAAACCUCGCCCCCCAAGAGUUUAAUGUUCAUGGAUUGAAAAGUGAGACCCAGCGAACAACAAAACAACAGCAUACAAUGGUGUAGAACAAUAACUGGAUACCGUUGAAUAAAGUAUUAGGCUACGAAAAAACCAAAGGUAUUGCUGAAAAAUGUUAAUGUAAACCACUACAUUGAUGACGUCACAUCUGCUACUGCUGUCGCUGCUGCUGGGCGGAGCGUGGUGCUUCUCGCACGAUACGGAAGGUGACUGGCGUGUGUCACGGCGAUGGGUGGCAGACGACGUGCUUCUAGAGUCCCAGCCAGAGGCCGCGUACUCAUGGCCACCGAAGCACCUGAGGCAUCACACUUCAAACGAUCUCGACAAUACAAACAUCAUUAAAGAGGGCCAUCUUGAUGACACUGCUGCGCAUUCUCAACACAAACGCAAAAGGAAAAAUCACGGCCGUCGAAACAAACAUCAUAAGAAACAUUCCCCAGAACACGACCACUUGACGCUUCUGGAGGGCGAAGAGGGGAAGCAGCUUCUCCAACAGCACUCACACCAGUCACGUCUGGACACUCGCAAACAACGAUCUCAAAAGCACCAUAAACAUCUUAAUGAAGUUCUCGAGGCUACAUUAACGCCUACUUAUCCUCUGAAGAGUCACAAUUCCUUUUUCGGGCUCGAGGAGAAUAGCAGCUCCUUGGAAGACGGGGUUGGCGACGGCGAAGGUUUCCUUUCAGGAGUUGACGACCGGAGGAGCGAGCGGGUAAUCACGGACAGAGGAGCUGUAGUUCACGAUGACGUACUGGCGCUGCACAGCGCGCCUGUCUUUGAUAAAUCUUUGCCUGCCAAAGUCCAGGCACAGCUCGGUGCUCAUGCCUACCUGCCGUGCAGAAUUAUUCACAUGGGAGACAAGUCGGUGUCGUGGGUUCGUAAUGCAGACUCGCACAUCCUGACGGUGGACAGCUACACGUUCAUCUCUGACGAACGCUUCACGGCGCGCUUCGAUGUCAGCUCCCAGACUUGGACGCUGCAAAUAAAAUUCGUGACCGACCACGACGCCGGUGCCUACGAGUGUCAAGUAUCAACGGAGCCAAAAAUUAGCCGCUCUAUUCAACUCAGCAUCGUCAGGCCCAUUGUUACCAUCCCCGGAGGGUCGGAACUCCAUGUGCGCUCAGGGAGCGACGUCACCAUAAAGUGCGUCAUCUCCCAGGCCAUCGAGCCUCCUUCCUACGUCUUCUGGUAUCAUGAGGGCUCAGAGAUGCUGGCGGGCGGGCGGGUCGUGGAGCGGAUGACGCAGCACGCGGCGCUCGCUUCACUCGUCAUCCGCGGCGUGACGCGCCGACACGCCGGCAACUACACGUGCGUGCCCGCCGGCCUCACGUCCGCGUCCGUCACGCUGCAUGUCCUCAAUGAUGAGCACCCAGCAGCCAUGCAGCACGGAACAAGCACUGCAGCUGCAGCUGCAGCAGCUGUUGCAGCAGCGAGCACAACACGUGCAGGAAGCACGCAGCUGCUGCUGUGCUGCUGGUGUACUCUGCUGCUGCUGUUACCUUCCCUGACAGCCCUGAAGUCUGCAGCUCUGAACACACGCAGCUUCACGUCUGCUCUGAUAAACAGCAAUUUUGUUCCUCGAUGAUCGCUGUGUUCCGUCUUCAAUGCAACAUACAAAUCUAUACCCUAAAUUUAGCCGGAGAAAUGCUUCUCCACGACAUUUUAAAAUAGAGCAGCAGUGCAUUGCUGGUCAUAAAAAUAUUAAUACUAAUGGUUAUUUAAAUCUUAAGAUAUAUGAUUUAUACUUGCUUUAUUUCUGAACGAUCAAUUGUCCGUACACCUCUUUCAAUUUGGCUCGCCAAUAAGUUUAAUUAAUUUGUGGAAAUCUUACUAGUGAUUUCUGCCCGGCAUGAGGUAUUAGGUUCUGGGAAGGCAAAUAGACAAUUAGAAUUAAGAUCUACUUGUGCAUUUGGUGUAAUGUAUAUAACGAUUUUUGGUAUCAUGAGCUGAUUCGUGUAAAUAUUUUCUGCUAUUUCAUGGAUAAUUAUCAGUUCAGUCAGGCUGCGAUUUGGCCUUUAAAAAUUAUAGAACAAUUUAUAUAAUUUUAUGCGUGAAAAUUCCAAACAAUAACAAGCCACGCAAAGACUACCGCUGAUUUCAUAAAGUCGUAAUUAUCAAGUGCAUACUGAAAUUAAUAAAUAUGAAGUAAAUUUAUUAUUAGUGUCUUUCCUUACAUGAGUGUACGUAUUGUGUCCAAAAGGAACUUCAAGGCUGAAAAAUAAGUGUUUACUUACAUUUAUUAGUUUUUUUCAAAUGCUUACUCGUGUUCAGAAAAACUUCUGAUCAAGAUCGAUCUCAUGUGUAGCUGGUGUGUUUCUUUAUAUUGAUCGCUAAUUGAUGCUUAUUUUUUUAAUUUCUAGAAUGGUAAUAUGUAAAUUAAAUGUCUCCUCUGUAUCAGAAUAAGGAACGAACUAUAUAAUUCUGAAAAGAUUGAAAUUUAAGUCCACGGUAAGAUUGUUGAGUUCUAUACAGUAUCCUUAAAAUAGUAAGGAUUUCUCAUAUAUAAAAAUACAAACCAUAAAAAUUAUUCGAAGUGUAACUGGUUCCUAGAUUCUAUUGUGUCUGUUAUAUGUUUAAGGGCGUCCACUACUUAUUUAUUUAUUCUGCUCACGCUAAAGUAAAGUGAAUUGAAGAAAAUAAUUACCAAAUUUCUCAUCAUGCUUGUCCCACUUGCUGACCGAAUAUUUAAAAAUUCAUGAACAUUUUUCUUGCACGUAAGAAUCAUCCAUCACUAAUUAGUAUUAGUGAAGUUAAAUACACCAGAUGGUAGAGAAUAUAAAUGAUAAACUAUGAGAUAGUGAAUUUCAGUCAUUAUGGACUUACCAAGAAUUUUUUUGGCUUAUGUUUGGUAAUUUUCUUAGGGACAAAGCGAUGUUAAAAUGAUAAGCAGAUAAAUACUGACCAAUAAUAUUGUAUAAAAUUCGAGGCACCCUGCAAACGUUUAGCCUCUAGAAUAAUAUUAAUCUUUUUCAACAUAAUGUAUGAGUCAAUAUAAAGAAAUGAAUUGGCCACAAUGUGUUAUUCAAAAUGAAACUUUUAACCUUUAACUACUCAUAUUUUGACGUAUAGUUAAAUUCAUGAAAAAAAACUUGUGUCGGUAAGUGCAAAAAUGUGUCCGCUGCUUGGUGCUCCAGCAAGCUUAAAAGCCCAUCUGUAUACCUCAAAGACAUGUUUAAUGCAGGUUUCUGGCAAAAAUAAGUUAAGUAACAAAGAUUAAAGUCAUUUUGUCAAUGAGAAACCGAAAUUCUUAAGUUUCCCUGUGAGGCAUUCAUUUUAAAUGAAGUUCCAUUUGAUUCAGGAAUCCGCGGCAUUAUUUAUACAAAAACUUCCGAGGAAGCAGGAUCAUAGAAUAACAGCAUCUGCUGAGUCAUUGUAAGACCAACAAUGACUUAAUUUAUGAGCUGCAAAAGUUUCUGUUGACCAAAGUUCGGAAGGACCCAGAAGCCAUGGAAGGGACCCAGUCAUCUUGUGCAAGCCCUACAUAAGACACAGUCGUGAAUUGUGAUGAAGAAUUUCAAUAGAACUCGUUAAGACAGCAGAAUGACACUGCCUUGUCCUCCCCUUGACCAAACCUCGAUCAUCAAAGAGGAUCUAAAUUGAGUAGAAAAAUGUUUUCUUUCUUGAAAAGUCUUCACCACAGGCCACAUUGCUUUAUAAUUGCCAUUCUGUAUGAUGCACUACGUAGUAUUAUAGUUUUCUUCAUCCGAAACGAGUGAUAUCAAAUGAUUUCACCAAUUGCCAUGUGGAAUGAAAAAUGGUCGAAUGGAUGUAUUAACUGACUGUAUUUCUGUGUUCAAUCAAUAAAUAUGAUUAAAUCUCCAUCAUGACUGCGGCAUUGUGAAUCCACAUGAAUAACCAAACGUUGAAUUUUUUGUCUUCGGUGCUUUAAGUUUAAAGUGCCCAACCACUAGAAAGAUUACCCCUAAUAUUAACCGAAGAUAGGGCUCCAUUUCAGCACAAUAUCUUCUGCUGGACGAGUUUGAUUGGUAUAAGCAAGAUUUAUGUGUUGGCAUUCAAGCGUAAAUUGCCGUAUCAUCUGAUAUGAAGCUUUCGCUAUAGCAAAGCACGCAUUAGGUAUGGCGCGGUGAGGUUGACAAGCUCCUAUAAAUAUCAGCCGGGGCUUGGCUCGCUCAGUUAUGGCAUCAGCAACCGAUUGCUUUUUGCGACCAUCAAAGUAUCGUGGCCCAUAAUGUUGUUGCCGCAGUGCAGAGGCUUCAAUUAAAAUCCGUAAACAUAUGCACAAUGGUAAGUUUUUGUCCGUAGCUCUGCUGUAAAUAUUCAUUGUGAAGUUAUGGGGUACGGGUGAUCCAAUUCACUGCAUGGUGGACAUACAAUGACGGAGGAGUAUCUAUGAGGCCAGCAAUAGAGAGUUCUGUCCAUUCUGAUUUAUCUCAUGCUGUCAAUAUAGGGGCUGGGUGUAUAAUGCAUUACAAAGUUGAACAACACAACAACAAAUUUAUUAUUAUUUCUUCUUCAGUUCCUGAACGUGGUUGGGGCUACUGUAUCGGAGGGAGGAAACAAUAUGAAGACAAUUCUGAAUACAAACUAAACAUGUGUGGAGGGUUAUAUCAGGUUAGAGUCAAACUUAACUAAAAUGGUAAUACUGUAUGUGGAAUAAGAUACUUCCGAGGUCCUGUAAUACCUUCGAGGUGUGCUGUUGUAAUGUAAACGCGAAAUGAUAAGAGUUUGGUUUGGGUUUACUGAAAAGUUUAAUGUCGAAAAAUUUUAUUCGGCAAUGCGCACUUAUCGUUUAAAUUUUCUAUGCGAGGCAAGAAACCUCCUGUAAUGCGAGAUGCAGCAAUCCAAACUUGCAAUCCAAGUUGCAUUACAUUUUUAAACUAUCAAUUUGAAUCCUUGCUGUCAAUGUGAAUCGGUCGAAGCAAAUUAUUGUAACAUAAA